AUGAAUGACCUCGCUCAAGCCGUCGUUUCCUUGGAAUCCCUCAAUCUUGCCCAUGGAGAUUUACGACCUGAAAAUUUCCUACUUAACCGCAACCGACUGAAGCUAUCCGAUUUUGAUAGUACGGCGAAAAUUGGAGCUAACUGUGAAGCUUACAUGGCUUCGUAUGGCAGAAUACUCAAUAGCAAUGAGUUAGACCAAGGAGAAUGUGUGACCUUUAGCUUUCUUGGCCCUCGGACAGAACAGUUCGUUCUUGUUUCCAUUUAUUAUUUGAUGAACUAUGGGUUUGAAGUCUAUGGAGAUCGAUGUCUCGCCAAAGAUCCUUACGAGCAUGGCCCUAGGGUAGUGGGGUUACUACAGAGUAUGGAAUUUCCCAACCUGGGUGGCAAUCCUCUGAUUGACGACAUCAUCGACAAAUGUUGGCAUAACAAAUAUGUCACGGUCUCAGAAUUAGCUGCACACACGAACAUGCUUUUGAACGAAAGAAUUGAUACGACAGAGAGUAACCGAGGUAGAAGGAAGGAAAGCAACGAAGUGGCAGCCCUCGUGGAAACAUACUUUAUAGAACAAUGGUGUGGUAUCAUGGGUCACAUAAUCCAUGGGAUAUGUUAUGGCUUCGGAGCCUGGUGGAGGUCGUUAUUACAGCGUUUCACCGGCGAGCUAACAAAGGCCAAGCGGUCUAAUGGUGGCAAUCAUGAUAAGGUGGAUCACAACCGCUUAGGAGAGGAACUCAUCUCGAAAAAGGAAUUUUGUGAAGACCUGGAGAAACGUGGACUUCUUCAUGUGCUUUCUAUAGGCGAGCCUGAGCAAAUCGGGUUCACUUUCGAUUGGUAUAGACAUGGUCUUUGA